AACUUAGUUUGUUACUUCCCACCCUGUUUACCUUCUCAUAUUAAAUUUUAAAUAUAUUUUCUAGCUACAGGACCGCACUCAAUUCAGUGACCGAGACUUGGCUACUCUUAAGAAGUACUGGGACAAUGGUAUGACCAGCCUGGGCUCAGUGUGUAGAGAGAAGAUUGAAGCUGUUGCAACAGAAUUAAAUGUCGACUGUGAAAUAGUUCGGACUUGGAUUGGGAAUCGAAGAAGAAAAUACCGUUUAAUGGGAAUUGAAGUUCCACCUCCAAGAGGAGGCCCUGCUGAUUUCUCUGAGCAGCCUGAGUCUGGUUCUUUGUCUGCACUCACACCAGGAGAGGAAGCUGGGCCUGAAGUAGGAGAGGAUAAUGACAGAAAUGAUGAAGUGUCCAUCUGUUUGUCCGAAGCAAGCUCUCAAGAGGAGUCCAACGAACUAAUCCCAAAUGAAGCCAGGGCACAUAAGGAUGAAGAGCAUCAGGCAGUAUCCGCAGAUAAUGUGAAAAUAGAAAUUAUCGAUGAUGAAGAAAGUGACAUGAUAAGCAAUUCUGAGGUAGAACAAGAGAAUUCUCUCCUGGAUUACAAGGUAAAAAGAACAUCAAAAUCUGAAUUUACUAAGGGAAGUUAGAGUAGAGUGCCUCUCAUUUUUCCGUCUGAUAGACUGGUCCUCUGUACUGAUUUUUCUCAGGCAUCUUGAAAAUUAGUCAAAAUGUUGGGCACUUUCAUAAUUCUGGCUUAUUUGAUUGUUGUGGUUUUAAACCAGCUCUUUAGCAUCAAUGGUGUUCAGCAAGUGAGAACAAUACA